AUGCCUCGUCUAGUCCGACUACUGGGCUACACUGGAAUAGGUGUAGCCAGCUACAGCGCCCACCAGAAACUCACCCACCUCGAAAAGAAGUAUCCAGGACUCCCCCAUUCAGCAGGCAGCCAAGCUCUCCACACAGCAAGACCCAACAACCACUGCGCCUACGUGGACAUCUACGCAGCCCAAAUCCCACUUCUCGCCCUCCAAGCCCGCAAUGAAUCCAUGAAAGAAGCAAGCAAGGUUUCUCUCGAAAACGCCUGGGCAAGAUCCAUAUUCAGCAGUCGAAUCCUACGAGCAGAAGGCUUAUUAAUUGGUCUUUUCACCCUCAAUUUCUCGCCAUGCUAUACAGGGGAUGCAGGGUUCGGACCUGAUGAAAAUGGUGCGCGGGUGCUGCUGAAUGGUGGUUUACAAGUGCAGCGGGAGGCUGGUGCAGAGGAGGAUAGUAAUGGGUUACUAGUCUCGAUGAGACUGCCUGAUGGGCCGCGGGUGUUUUUUGAGAGGAUUGCGCAGUGGGGAUACCCGUGGCGAUUGAUGAGUUGUGUACGGCAUGAGAUGAGUGUUUCGGAGCCGUGGGAGGAGAAUGGGGAGAAGGUUGUUGAGGUGCGGUUUGCGAGUGCGCAUGACUAUGAGAUUGUGGAGGAUGACGGGGAGCAGCAGAAGAUUAUUCCGGCAUGGGUGUUGAGAUUGCAUCGUGGGUUGGCGAGGUAUGUUUUGGAUUCUACUGUGGAGGAGGUGAAGCAGUUUGAACGGAUUCGUGUAUGA